AUAGACUGGAGAUAUGCUGCAUUGAUAAAUAAUCUAAAGACAGACAGAAGGAGGAUAUUUAUAUCUUAUUAGUUUUUUUUAAUUAUUAAAAUUCUAUUAAAAACUAUGCAUAAAAGGGUUAAUGUUAUUUCAAUUUCUUGUGAAAAUCGUGGCUCCUUGCCGCUAGGUGGCAGCAGUGUGUAUAUAGACACUCAGUGAAGCGGCGCUGUAACAGCAACAAAGAGAAGGUUACUACAGCAGGCCUACUAAUCGAGCUUUAACACAUCGAUCAAGAGGCUUUAAAGCGUUUUACACCUAAAAUGACAUUUCACUGUGUUAUAUUACGGUUUAUAAUGUUAAAUUGUAAUAGUAAUUUUAAUAUCUGUCUUUAAUUAUUGAGUAAAGGUAGAAAUUUAUUCAACGAAGGUGUCUUUAUCGAUUUGUCACGUCUGGUUUCAUCAGAAACACAUGUACGUACACUCACACACACACACACACACAGGGCUGAGCAUCACCAUUCUCACUGUUAGCGUUCACCUCCAGCGUGUUUUGUGUGCUGUAUAACGUGAUAAAGUUAAUAAUGUUGCGCUGUGUGUUGAACAUUUUGCGAGCAGGAAGUGUUGCUCACGUGAGGAACUCUCCCACGUGUCUCUGUCAGAUCGCUGCGAGGAAGUUCGCUAAUGUCCCAAACACCACCAGAGAAGAAGAAAAAGAAGCAGAUGAGGCCCGGUUCGGGGACUGUUCCAGAACUUUCUCCUCCAGGAUGACUUACCGGAAGUCGUCCGCGGAGCAGCAGGACGCGAAACACACAGACGCGGAAGUGGAACAUGACGAACCGGACAACUUCCGGUCCAGAACCAAGCACCGGAAGAGUAACACGCCGUACUGGUACUUACUGCAGUGCAAAAAGCUGCUCAAGAAAGAUAAAUUAGCCGAGGCGUUGACUCUGUUUGAGGUUGAGAUGCUGAAAGGGGAGCGACUGCAGCCGGAGGAGUAUAACUACACCGUGCUGAUUGGGGGAUGUGGCCGAGCCGGAUACGUCAAAAAAGCCUUUAAACUAUACAAUGAUAUGAAGAAGCGAGGUUUAGAGCCGUCAGCCGCCGCCUACACGGCUCUGUUCAACGCCUGCGCUGAAUCUCCAUGGAAACAGUCGGGGCUGGAGCAGGCGCUGAAGCUGCGUCAGGAACUGCGCAGGAAGAACGUCCCUCUCAAUGCCAUUACCCAUCAUGCACUGCUCAAAACGGUGGCGCGGGCCGGAGACCUGAAGGCUUGUUUUCAAGUGCUGCGGGAGAUGCUACAAAGCGGGCAGGCCGUCACACAAGAGACAUUUCAGUAUUUGCUGAUGUGCUGCGUCGAGGACAAAGAGCAGGGCUUCAGACUGGCAUUGCAGGUUUGGCACCAGAUGCUUAGCGCUGGUAUAAAACCAGACGUCCAGAACUAUAACAUCCUCCUGCGCGCCGCAAGGGAUUGUGGGAUCGGCGAUCCUGCCAUGGCUUCUGCAUUACUCCUGCGGGGUCGGGAGGAGUCCGCGCCGGAGCUCGCAGCUAGGAGAAGAGGUCAGAGGUCGAGGCUGAGAGAGGGGGCGUGUCCCCAGGAGCCGUUAGACGUGGACGCUUUCGAGAGGCGCGUGCUGACCGACACGGCGUCCGCUCUCACACAGCCGACUCUGGACUCGGACUCGCCCCGAACUCAGCUGAUUCCCGCCUCCCCGUCGUCCUGUCUGUCAGCGUCGUUAACGUCAGCGUCGACGCCGCCGUCGGUCCCAAACCUGCUGGACCCGAGCACCUGUCACUCAGACGUGGUCGCCUUGGCAACAGCGAGCACCGCGUCCGAUAGGCUGGCGCUGAUCGGAAACCUCGACGGAUUUCUGAAUAAAAUGUCCAGCGAUGGAUUGAAGCCCACAAUCAAGACUCUCACGCUGUUGGCUGACGUGACGGAGCCCAGCAGCCAAUCAGCACGCAGCCUGAUCGAUGUCGCCAAUCAGGGCGGAGUCAAGCUGGACGUGGGUUUCUUCAAUACGCUGAUCAGGAGAGCUGCGAAAGCCGGAGACGUGGAGGGAGCGAAGGCCGCGAAGGCGCUGAUGCUGGAGAGGAAGUUGCGUGUAAAUGCUCGGACGUUCUGCAGCAUGGCUCUGGCCUGUCGCACGCAGGAAGACGGACUCCAGCUCCUCUCCGACAUGGAGAUGUGCGGCGUGGCGGCGAACGCUCACGUGUUCAGCGCUCUGAUUGGUCAGGCCACGCGGCGUUUGGACUACGCCUGGCUGCAAGAGCUGCUGCACCAAAUGCACCGGCUGCGGGUUUCACCCAACGACGUCAUCAUCAAGCAGCUGGAGUUCGCCGCACAGUAUCCGUCCAACUACGACCAGUACAAGUCGAAGAACACGUAUUUGGAAAAGAUCAACGGUUUUCGUGGUUUCUAUAAGCAGUGGCUGGAGUUUAUGCCCGCACAGGAGACGCCACACCCGUGGGAGAAAUACCGCCAACCCGAGACGGAGAACGAGCAAGAUGGAGUCGAGUCGGCUCGUGGGAGUGAUAAACCGAGUCAGAGUCACUAAAUGUAAAAACAAAACAAAAAAAACUACAAGUAUUUAUGUCUUCACAACAUAUGACUCAACUGCUGAGUGAUAAUUAUAUAGAUUUUCUUGUGUGUGUGUGUGUGAGAGAGAGAGAGAGAGAGAGAGAGAGAAAGACUCUUGCCCUUAUUCCUCAAAGUUGCUUCGAGUCAGAUUUGAUGGUUUAAUUGUAUACCUUUGGAGAAGGCUCUAUACACACUUCAUGUACAAUAAUUUAUCUGAUAUUAAAGUUUUCGAAUUUGCAUCUUCA